AUGCAUCAUAGUUGCUCUAGAAGAGAACAGCAAAUUUUUGAGACAAAUGCCGAAGACAUUGCUGCUCAAGCUCAAGGCGCCUGCAAGAAUCAACACCAGGUCGCCCAACUGGGCGCUGGUAUAGCUGAUAGAGUAGCCAUUUUACUUAAUGCGAUUGCUCAGCGGCAAACAGAACCACUUUAUUAUAUACCUGUGAACGUAUCAUCAACAGCACUUGAUAUGACUAAAACAACAAUGCAGAGUCGUAUGCCUGGUAUUUUUGUUAUUCCAAAAACAGUCAACUACGUCACAGAAAAAUUGGAACUGCCGAAUUUUAUUGGACGUACUUUAGUCAUGUGUAUUGGUGCAUCGAUCGACAAUUUUUCUCGCGAAGAGGCAGCAAUGAUGUUUGAAAAGAUAUGCCAUCAAUUGCAAGCAGGCGAUGGAAUAUUACUUGGAAUUGAUAUGUUUAAGGAUCCAGCCAUUAUAUUAUCUGGCUAUUGCGAUACAAAUAGGCUGCACGACAAAUUUCAUGGUAAUUUCUUACGUCGACUAAAUCGUGAAUUCGGCUACAACUUUGAUGUAGAUCAAUUUCGUCAUCAAGCCAUAUGGAACGAACGUGAAAGUCGUGUUGAACUUGUCAUAGAAAGUUCAUGUUCACAACGAGUUCAAUGCAACCACAACAUUGAAAAGAACAUUGACUUUAUCACAGUCUCAAUAAUCGAUAUAAACGAAUCAGCUAGUGCAUAUAGAUGCCUUCUUGAAGAUUUAUCCAAUGAAAUUUUUUAUGAAAUAUUUGACCAUCUUGAUAAUUAUCAUAUCUACAAAGGAUUUUUCCAUCUUAAUCGACGAUUUAAAAAAUUAAUGAUGAAUUCGAAUCUUCCAAUGACAAUCAACAUUUCAACAAUGUCAAAAUCGAAUUUCGAAAAUUACUAUAAUGAUAUUCUUAUACCGAAUAAACGUCGAAUUAAUACACUUCGUUCAUCGAAUCCAUUUGUUGCUGAUAUUCUUUUCUUACCACCGCGUUUACUUUUGGAAUUUAUUCAUCUUGAAACAUUAAUUCUUGAUAAAAUAAAAAUGAAAACUUUUGAUAAAAUUUUUGUUGAAUUAAUGUUUCUACCAAAACUUCAUUCAUUAACUAUAUCUCCUGGAGAAUAUGUUCAAUCGUCAAGUCAUCUUUUUUCUUCAAUAUUUAGUCUACAUAAAUUAAAAUAUUGUAAAAUUAUCAUUCAAACAAAAGUCAGUGAAACAAUGUUUCCUGCUUAUUUAUCUGAAUAUGAUGAAAGUCCUAUUGAAUAUUUAAUCAUAGAUGGCCGUUUUCCAUUUGAAUCAUUGAAUAAUCUACUAUCUUGUCUUCCUCGACUUCGUCAUUUAUCAAUUAGCACUCUUGUUAAAUCUGGUUUUGAAGAACGAAGAGAAUUACCUUCGACUAAAUUGAAAUAUUUAAAAUACAUUUCUCUAAACCUUGAUUAUGUUCGUUUUGAUCAAUUCGAAAAAAUACUAAAAACAUUUUUUCAUUAUGUUGAAAUUUUACGUAUUGCAACAUUAUUUGAUGAAGCGUAUUUAAAUGCUAAACGAUGGGAGGAAUUAUUAUCAAUUCAUAUGCCGUGUUUACGAAUUUUCGAUAUGAAUCAUUGCGAUUCUAUACGAAAUAAUUCAUUAACAUAUCAUGAUUUAAUUGAUCAAUUUAAUUCUUCAUUUUGGAUUAGCAAACAAUGGUUUUUUACACAUCAACAUGACUGGCAACAAUCAUUAGAGAGUGGCAUGUUUUAUUCGACAAAUCGAUAUCGAAGACAAGAUUAUACAUUUUAUUGGGAAUUAGCUGAUAAAAUUUGUCCACAUGCUGAAGAAAAUAAUUUAAAUUCGGUUAAACAUGUUCAUGUUUGUAGUAAACGAGCAAAUAAAAGUUGUGUAAACUAUUUUCCAAAUGCUACUCAAUUAAGUAUUAAACGUUAUUUCGAAACACUAGAUGAUUCAAUUUCGACUAGUCUUAGUCGUAUCGUUCCUUUGCAACAACUGACGAAAUUAGUUAUUGAAUGCUAUAAUUUUCCUUGGGAAGAAAUAGUGAAAUUAUUAUGUUUUACACCUAAUUUAGAUGCAUUGAAAUUAGAUUUCAUAAAGUUUAAUGAAAAUAAUAUAAAUUUAAUGACAAAAAGUAAAACUUAUCAAUAUGUAUCCAAUACAAAUAAAAUAAAAAAUCUUGAUGUUCGCCAUGCAUGCUCGUAUGAAAGAAUGCGAUUGAUUAUUAAUCUAUUUCCAAAAUUAGAAUAUCUUAAAACUGGCGUGAAUAGAAAAGAAAUAGUACAAAUUGUUCGAUUUUUAUUAUCGAAAUCUAAUAAUGAAACGCAAAAUUUAUUCUUUUUAUGUAUUUCAGAAAUACCGAAAAUAUGUUUAAAAGAAUUAAAUUUUUUAAUUAAAUUAGAAAAUUUACUUGGUGAUUAUUUUAUUACAUUUAUUAAUCGUGAUUUAUAUUUGUGGUGGUAG